GCGCCGCGCGUGGGAAGCAAUGUGGAUCCCAUGAGGCGAUGGAUUUGCAUGAAGGCCACCAGUAUUUGCCAGCAGGAUGUGUUGCCAUUGCCCGGAUUCUUGCUUCUUGGAAGCGCGAUUCGAUCCAGGAGGCAGCAGGAGCGCAAUCGGCAGCAGCAAGAACAGCAGCAAUCUAGGGCGAGUAGCAGCGGUAUGAUGGGUGAGAAUCACACGACGAGUAGCAGCGGCGGUGGCAGGAGAGUGGGGGGAUUAUCGCGAGGUGAGGGCUUUCGAUUCGAAUCGCCAAAGAGAUUAUCGUCUAGGGGCAAGAAGAGCGAGGAAGCUGACGCGACGGAGCUGGGCCGGCGAUUCCAAAACGCGGUCAGCUGCCAUGACUGGGAGAUCGCCGAGAGCUUCAUCCCUUUGGCGGAUCCACAGCGCCUCAACGAUGGUUUGUGCGUAGCGCUCGACUCUUUGUGGUUCUUGAGCACCGAGGACGAGCUCUCCGGCGCAAUGCGGCUGAUCGAGAAGCUCAUCCACGCCGGCGCCGACGAUUUCACGCGAGCAACGCUGCGUACUUCCUUCUUGGUUUCGUGCGUCUCGGCUUGUAGAAGCCGGACUAUGUCUCUCUCGGACACGGUGACCGUCAUGGCUCAAAGGACGAGUGUCAGUGUAUAGCAUUUUUCUUCUUGGGUUUCCUAGGUGACGAGUCCAUGACUGAAGCGUCCAUCCAUCAAAUUUUCCUGGAGAUAAGUUUUCCCGAUCGACUGGUAUCUUCGAAAGGCUCGGUGAUCGUCGUCACUGGUAUCUUCCUGGAUCAAUCUAUUUGUCAAGGACACCGGAAGAAAGCCCAGUUCUAGCAGCACUGACAGAUCAACUCUGAGUUAAACACAGGCUACACGAUAGACUAAAGGAAAGUAACGAGAA